ACAAUCGCUGCCACGGCUCUAGGAUCUCUCACCCUCGCUGGGUAUCUAGAUGCAAAAUUUCACAUUCGGAACGACAUCAGGGCCCUUUUCUUGAGCAACAACCCCAGUGCCGGACAAAAAUAUGUUGCUCAGAAAGUCAAAGAGGACAGGAUGCUGUUGUACCAUGUUCUGGAAGACCAUGCCGCAAACCCCGCAAUUGCCAACAACAUGUUCCUGAUAUACCCGACCGAUGGUAGAACCUGGACAUAUAAGCAAUUUUUAGAAGAUGUCAAUAAGGUCGGCAACUGGUUGUUCGAGGAGCUGGGAGUGCGAAAGGGGGAGAUGGUCGCUCUCGAUGGACCCAACAGCCCCGAGUAUCUGAUCAUGUCGUUUGCGAUUGACUCGGUCGGGGCAGUUCCAUGUUUUAUUAACUACAAUCUGACCAGCCAGUCCCUAGAGCAUUGUAUCAAGCUGUGCGAGGCUAGAUAUUGUUUGGUGGACGAAGAAAUCAGACAUCUGACUGAGCCAGUAGCACCGAAUCUCGAAUCGUGCAGCAUGGUUUAUUACUCGCAGCAACAUCUCUUAUCACUGCCCUUUGGCACGACUCCACCCCCUGCAGAACAACGCAGCAAUAUAACUCCGACUUCGCCCAGGUUACUGAUGUUUACCAGUGGUACUACUGGGUUACCUAAGGCACUCGUCAAAGCUACAUCUUACGAAACCUACAGUGGCCUCAGAACUGCUCGUUACCUGGGCCUGAAGCCUACGACGCGCUUUUAUACCUGCUUGCCACUUUUCCACGGGGCGGCGCAUUCAUUGUGCGUAACGGCUGUUUUACAUGCCGGGUGCACUCUCAUUCUCGGAAAAAAGUUCUCUCAUUCCACCUUUUGGCCGGAAGUCGUCACACACAAAGCGGAUAUUAUUCAAUAUGUUGGAGAGCUAUGCCGAUAUCUUCUUAAUGGCAAACCGAGCCCGCUUGAUCGACAGCACAGCGUGAAGAUGGCCUGGGGCAAUGGCAUGAGACCUGAUGUUUGGGAGCCCUUCCGACAGCGGUUUGGGAUCCCUAUCAUCCACGAACUCUACGCCGCCACCGAUGGGAUGGGUACGAUGUUUAAUCGAAACAAAGGCGAGUUUAGCCGGCAUGCCAUUGGUGUCAGGGGCCUUCUUUGGAACAUGAUCAAUGGCCCCCGUGAGAAGAUCGUGAGAAUAGAUGUGGACACACAGGAGAUGCUUCGGGAUCCGAAAACAGGAUUUGCAAUGGAAUGCGCCCGAGGAGAGGCAGGGGAAACCAUUCAUUGGAUUGAUCCCACAGCUCCGCUGGCAAGAGUUCAUUUCCAGGGGUACUAUAAGAAUGAAGAGGCGACCAAAAAACGCUUCAUUCGGGAUGUUUUCCAGAAGGAUGACAUGUGGUUUCGGUCUGGUGAUAUGAUGCGACAGGAAGAGACAGGCUGCGUCUAUUUUGCCGAUCGUCUCGGCGAUACCUAUCGAUGGAAGUCGGAGAAUGUCUCUACAAAUGAGGUUUCCGCUCUUCUAGGCCAGUUCCCAGGAAUCGCCGAGUGCAAUGUCUACGGGGUUCUGGUCCCCAAUGCAGAUGGGAGAGCCGGGUGUGCAGCACUUGUGCUUUCGGAAGAUGUGUUAGAGGAUAACUUUGACUUUAAAGGGCUGGCAGAUCAUGCCUUGGCGCUGAUGCCCCGGUAUGCAGCACCUGUUUUUUUGAGACUCACGUCCGCUUUGGGGUAUACUAGUACUAUGAAAUUGCAGAAAGGUAAGUUGAGACAGGAGGGCUGUGACAUUGAAAAGGCCGAGGCUGCGGGGGAUAAGCUGUACUGGCUGCCUCCCAACCAAGCCAACUACGUUCCAUUCACAUACGAAGAGUAUAGCAAGAUCCAGAAAGGACAGAUCCAGCUAUAG